GUGUCGUUGUUCGUUGACAUAUGAAGCGUCACGGGAACAGCAUUUUCUUUACAGACAUAAGCAACAGCAGAGCGACUGCUUGUUUAUUUCACAAUUCAUAGCUGCCAUUGUCUGCAUGACUUCACAUGCUGCUCAACCCCACCGGCCCCGCCUCUCCAAAACACCGAGAGCUCAAGCUCCUUACUGUUGCUUCUGAGCUUUGAGCUUCGCAAUCCUGGCCCGGGUCCCGUCAAUGAUCUCUUGCUCCUUAAAGAUGGAAGUUACGCUCGGGUGUACAGCGACAACUUCGGCCCAUUUGGCAAAGUUGGGAGCCUUCUCGACAAUCGAUGGCCACAGGUUGGAGGGGUAGAGAUCCGUCUUGGACAAGCUCUUGUGACGGAUGACAAAUGACCCAGUCAAAACCUGGAGAGCUGUUAGUGGACUUCCUCUACUCGCCAAAACGCCGAACUCACCUCAGCCUGUGUGAGCUUGUCACUGCCACCGAAAUAAGGGCUGGCGUCUGCAAGCAACGGCUCAACUUCCUUCACAAGGGCGGCGACGGCCUUGUCUGCGAUCUCGGCUCUCGCAGCCUCGCCCUCCGCCGUGUAGAGGGCAAACAGCUGGCUGUUGAACUUAGAGAUGAAGGCGUCUACAAAUAAUGCAACACGUGCACGGCGCAGCGCACCCUCGGGUGUGUUGGAGGGCGGCAGGAGAUGAGAUGGGUAGGCGUCCGCCAGGAAGUUCGCGACAAUGGCAGACUCGAUGAUGAUCUCGCCGUUGUAAGAGAGUGCAGGGACCAGGCCUCUCGGGUUGAUCUUCAAGUACUCUGGUGUGCGAGGGGUGUCAAGGUCGAUGAUGACUUCUUCAAAGGGAACCUUGAGCUCCUCCAAGAUGAUGUGAGCCCGGUGUGCCCAUGGGCAUCUGUGGUUGGUGUACAGGAUGAGCUUGGCGUCGGUAGAACCCAUUUUGUAUAUAUUCUGUGAUUGUUGUCUUGCUGCUGGCUGCCGGUAUCAGGGGCUCGUCGUCAAAGUAGGGUUUUGAGAGGUGGAGACGUUGGUGAUUUUGCCGAUUCUUGGUUCAAGGCGCCCAAACCACUUUUUGAAGUCAUUCGAAUUGGCGCAAAAGUCCUGGUUGCUGACAAAAGGGAACGGAUUUCGUCAUAUGGCGCUAUCGAGAACACCAUCCGGGUGACAAAUGGAGCUUGCUAAGCAUCACGCACUCGGUGCCGUUAGUGGCCGAAGCUCGGGGUGCAAAUUCCCCCGCACCUGGGAUUCAACAGCUCUUCCAUGGGCGGGGUGCUCCCGUAGAACGGGCCGCUUGGACAACCCCGUUUCCUCUUCAGUUUGACGGUGUCGGAGCCGAUGCCGACUGUUUCCAACACCCCACACCCCAUGUCGAUCGAAGCGCGUAAGCCCCACCCGGUAUUUCACUGUUUGGCCAUGCAAACGGGUUCUCGACUUUACGUUCGGUGUCUUACAGCCCGGUGGGCCAUACGGACUCAGUUACGAAUACCUCUCUCGUCACAACGAUUUGCCAGCCGCGGCACGCACCGCUCUUUCGGUCCCAUCUCGUUCCGCUUCAUAGGAUUGCUCCUACCGUGAUGGGUAGCUGGCCUUGGUUGAGAGAUAAGCUUCCUGGGGCAUAUCGGUCUGAGGCCUUUGUUGAAGUCAAGUAUACCCCUCCAAGAUACAUUCUGACAUCUGAGGACCUCACACCUACCACGACACCCAGUAUGGCCCCACUGCCCCUCGAGAUCUACCUGCUGUUGAAAUGAUGAGCUGGGAGCUUAUCGGGUUGUUGCUGGCCAGCAUACUUUUUGAGAAGCUUGAGGUUGACCAUCCGGCUAAACACCCUCGGCUACCACGGCCCGCUCGAUAUUAAGAAGCUCUCGGCGUAAAGCGACGGAAGAUGCUGCACCCGUUGCGUGAAGGGGUCCUCCCUGGCUGUGUUGAUGCCGUGUAUAUGUAAAUGACGAGGGCGCUUCUUUCUUGUUUGGAUCCAUCGGGGUAUCUUGUUGAGUAUCAAGGUCCUAGCUGCAAUUGUGAAUCAUGAAGUUCAAGUCUCAAGCCGUUCUCGCGGCUGCAGUGGCAGUGAGCAAUGUGGGCGUGGCUCAGGCUCAUGUGUUCAUCUGGGGUGUGUUCGUCAAUGGUGUGGACCAGGGGACCUUCAACGGCAUUCGCACACCAGCAUAUAACGGUCCUCCUCCGAGGGGGUACUCCAAUUCCCCAGUCAAGGACCUGAACUCCAUCGACAUGCGCUGCAAUGUUUUGGGAGACAACCAAGUCCCUCACACUAUCAAGGUGGCCCCCGGAGACAACAUCACCCUCGAUUGGCAUCACAACAAUCGCACGAUUGCGGACGACGUGAUUGACUUCAGUCACCAUGGCCCUGCGCUUGUCUAUCUCACACCUGAUCCGCCAACCGAGAACUCUUUUGUCAAGAUUUGGGAAAAGGGACUGUAUGAGCUUGGGCCAACACCUUUCUCCCCAGGAAAGUGGGCAACGACAUGGGACAUCAAGGCCAACAAUGGACUCAUGAACUUCCGUAUUCCGGCAAACUUGAAAGCUGGUUUCUAUCUGAUUCGUGCUGAGAUGGUUGGUCUCCAUGAGGCGGACGCUCGGUUUGACCAGAACUCGCGGCGUGGUGCUCAGUUCUAUCCAAACUGCGUCCAAAUCGAAGUGGUUGGUGAUGGCACCGUGGAGCUCCCGGAGGGAGUCUCCUUCCCAGGAGCCUACAAAUACGAUGAUCCAGGAGUUCAUUACAACAUUUAUUGCUCGACUGAACGCGCCCCCCUCGCCCCGUGCACCGAUGCUAGCACCUAUAAAAUCCCAGGGCCUACCGUCUGGUCGGGUGCGUGGCUCGAGACUACUCAAGUCGCUCUGGGUCCAGUCACCGGACCAACAACUGCAACACGUUGGAGCAGUUGGAUCCAACAAUCCGUAGUUACGACGGCGACUUAUGACCAAGCCGGCUCGCCGGUUCCCGUCGCCACAUCGCGAUACACGGCUUCUUGGUCACUGGCGUAUGCUGCACCAACAGCGUCACCAGCUCUUUAGUGGCAAUGAUGGUGGCUUACUGCGUCGAAGGCGUGUCUGAUAACCAGGGAUAGCGAAAACCGGUUCAGGGGCAGUGAGAAGGGAACCUUGGAGCAGAACCAGACGCAGGGGAUGUUAUUCGUUGUCUCUGCGGCAUUUCUGAGACAAAUUCGUUCACGAGUCGUUAGCUUCAGAGCCAAUCGGUCUCCAGUGUGCAAAUUUCGCAGUGGAAGCUGCUUACCGUUGUAGAUUCCGGUGGUUCAGGAGCCACUUCUUGACCACAACAUGAAGCUAAUCUCUCUGAUGGCUGUCAGCUGUUGAGCCGACCCCGUCCCAAGUAAGAGCUCUUAAAUAUGCUGCGGCUUCGACCACAUUCUAUUAUUGAGCCCUGCACCUUGCCGUCACUGGAAGAGAACCCUCAUUUUUGGCACAACAGCAGCACCUUUUGCCCGUCACCACGACCAUGAAUGCCCCUGUCAGAUAUCUUUCGUCAGAAGCGGUCAACUUCGCACGUGCGAUAGAUUUAACUCGGUCUCAACGCCUGACAUUGUUCAUAACCCGCGCCGCUCCUCUUUUCUUGUUUCUCGGCUUAUGGGCUAUAGCUUUGGUUUACCUGGCGUCUUUCGACGCACAACCUCCGGAAUCAGUCAAAGACGCACCUUUGUCUUCUACUACACAGAAAGGACGCGAAGAAGGGAGGGCAAUUCGAGCUUGUAAACUCUCAAGAAUUCCGAUGCCAACGCCAGGCUAUAAGCUCGACUCGGCUGCCACCCGCUAGUCAUAGCGCUCAUCCUUUUCUCGAGUCAAGAAAACAUGGCAGCGGGAAUACCACACGCCUCCUCGGAGCAAUGGGAUGCCCAUCAAAGUCGCAUUCAAGUCAACCAUCGCCCACGCCCAACCCACGAAGUUGAUACUUGGGGGCAACACCAAUCAGAGUCGAGAGCCACACACCACCACCAGAGCAUUGUGCAGGAUGGGAUCGAGAAGUGGAGGGGCGGGACAACCACAUCUGGUUUUAUGGUCAGCAAGGUCUUAAGUAGCAUAUGUAAUACCACAUUCUACACAGGAAUCACACCCUCUCGCUCAUUUCUGAUGCAUGCCAAGGUGGAGGUCAGAGUGUCCCAUGCACUCCCCAGUCUCUCUGAGAGCUAUCCUUCAAGGUUCGCAGACAUGUUGUUGCUCUUUGAUGGUUCGUCAGCGCCAUUGGCUUGGGGGACUUGCAGUGGGUGAAAGUUGCGAGUCAUGGGCAUACAUAGGCCUGGGUUCCACCCAGGAUUAUCGUAAUCCAAUCGGAACCAUCCUCGUCGGGUAUGGUGUAGCGGUAACAUCGUUGACUCUCACUUCUCAGAAGUGUCUGUUCUCUCAACAGCCCCGGGUUCGACUCCCGGUAUCCG